AUGGGAUGCCAUAUAGAGGAAUAUCCAGACUAUAUUUUCUGCUGCAUUGGAGAAACAAAAGGCUUGUACGGAGUAGGAUUCCUAAUAAAGAAAGCUUGGAAAAGUAAUAUUACAAAUUUCACUGGUAUUUCAGAAAGAGUAGCAUUAUUACAAUUAAAAUUUGAAAAAUUAAACAUUUCUAUAAUUCAGGCAUAUGCACCUACAGAAAGAUCCAGUGAAGCCGAAAUCCAAAACUUCGACGCUGAUCUUAAAAAAGCACAUACGAUGGCAGAUGAGAAUGUUCUAGUCUUAGGAGAUUUUAAUGCAAAAAUAGGACGCAAGAAAAUAGGUGAAAGUUUCAUCAAGGGAAAUUACGGCGUAGGUCAAAGGAAUGAAAGAGGAGAACGAUUAAUAGACUAUGCAUUUGAAUACAGAUUAGCAAUAAUCAAUACCUAUUUAAAAAAAAGACCUAUUAGAAAAUGGACAUGGGAAUCACCAGACAAAACUGUCAAGAAUGCAAUUGAUUACAUUAUGACAAAUGAUCCAAAAAUUAUCAAAAACUAUGAAGUCCUUAAUAAUGUAAAAUUCCUAACAUAUCAUAGACUACUGAGAGCAACACUCCUUUUAAACCAAACAAAAAAAUGUAGAAUAAACUACAAAAAACUACCAAGUAUCCCCAAAACAGAUGAUGAAAUUAAAUACCACGUAGAUAUGCUAAAGCAGGAUAUCGAAGGCAAACAAGGAGAUUUAACAAAUGUUCAAUCCUAUUAUGAUAUGCUUCAAGAAGCGAUAAUUUAA